GGUUAACAUAAUUUUGGUACUUGGUAUACAAUCUCUGUGGAAACGAUACUCUUCGCAUUCUAUGUUACUUGUUGCGAUUUCGUACACUUGCGAAAAUCACUGUCACAAAUAAUAAGCAAACAGUUGACUAUAUGACUUUCUCAGUUGCCUUCCUAUGUUCAAACUGGUAAUUUGCUGAAUUGGUAAGCAUAUAUGCACAAAUAAAUUAAAUUAUUCCAUUUUCAACUAAUCUUUAUUUUUUUUUUUCUGAUUUCUCAUUUGAGCUAGAUUCAUGUAUUCUUCUGCUUUGAAUUCAUAUUAUAUAUAUCAUAUCAGGAAACAAGCCUCCAUCAAGGAGAUAUGAGAAAGCUAGCAUUCAAAAUCUUGUUUUUCACUCGCUUUAUUUUCAUUUCUCUUCUCUUGCAUACCCUUCCAAUAUCAUCUCAAGAAAUUGAGGAUGAAAAAGAUUUUGAUUACUAUGAAGGCGAAAAAGGGCCAAGUCGAUGGGGAGAGCUUCAUCCAGAAUGGAGUGCUUGUAACAAUGGAUCAAUGCAAUCUCCGAUCGAUCUCCUGAAUGAAAGAGUUGAAGUAGUUUCUCAUUUAGGGAAACUUAAAAGAGAAUACAAGUCUUCUAAUGCCACACUUAAGAAUAGAGGCCAUGAUAUGAUGAUGGAAUGGGAAAAUGGUGCAGGAAUCACUGAAAUAAAUGGAACAGAAUAUAUUCUUAAACAAUGUCAUUGGCACUCUCCUUCUGAGCAUUCUGUCAAUGGAGUGAGGUUUGCUCUAGAGCUACACAUGGUUCAUGAAAGCCUUGAUGGAAAGGUUGCUGUUAUCGGAGUUAUGUACAUAAUUGGAAGGCCUGACUCUUUUUUAUCAUCAGUCGACAAACAUUUAAGAUCAGUGGCCGGAACUAGGAAAUUACAGACAGUGGUGGGAAUGGUAAAUCCAAAGAGCAUCAAAUUACGCAGCAGAAAGUAUUAUAGAUAUAAGGGAUCACUUACAGUUCCUCCUUGCACUGAAAAUGUCCUUUGGACCAUUGUUACAAAGGUUAGGACGGUAUCAAGAGAACAAGUGCGUUUGCUUCGUGUAGCUGUUCAUGAUGAAUCAGACACAAAUGCAAGACCAAUUCAACUAAUGAAUGGAAGAUCAGUGCAACUUUAUAAACCAGAAUCAACUGAUAAUAAUUAAUUUCGUUAAUUAUUUCGUGAUCUGCAGCUAUGUAUAUGGUCAUUAUGAUUAAUAAAGUAGUAGUUUAAUGUUUUUUCCAUGUAAUUUUGAGUUGUAAGUUAAUGUCCUACGUGUAGAUUAUAUUUCUUUUUUUUUUUUUCGGCUGAUAUAAAUAUAUAGUCAAUUGUUUUGUAUAAAUGGAAAGAACUUAUCAGUACUGCUGGAAACUUA